CCCCCCCCCCCCCUUCUUCUUUACUUAUUAUUUCUACUUUCUCUCCCAAGUUUGUUUAGCUAUUCCACCAAAAACCUAACCCCCAAAUCUCCUUAUUACUUCCAUUCCUUUAUCGUUAACUGUAACUUCACUUCUCCUUUCUUGCUGCUGGAUUUCUUCAAUUUUCUUUUCCAGGGGUUUGAGGUUUAAUAACAGAAGGUGACUUAAUGGAGGUGGAGUUACACAGGCCUGAUAAUCCUGCCAUGAUCUUCGACGAGGUCUCCAUGGAGCGUAGCAAGAGCUUCGUUAAAGCUUUGCAGGAGCUCAAGAACUUAAGGCCUCAGCUCUAUUCAGCUGCAGAAUACUGUGAAAAGUCUUAUCUACAUAAUGAGCAGAAGCAGAUGGUACUGGACAACCUGAAAGAUUAUGCUGUACGUGCUCUUGUUAAUGCUGUCGAUCACCUUGGCACUGUGGCUUACAAGUUAACUGAUCUUCUUGAGCAGCAAACAUUGGAAGUGUCCACCAUAGAGCUAAAAACAUCUUCUUUAAAUCAGAAACUUCUUACAUGCCAAACAUUCACGGAUAAAGAAGGUCUCAGGCAGCAGCAGUUGUUGGCAUUUAUCCCACAUCACAAGCACUACAUUUUACCGAAUUCUGUCAGCAAGAAGGUACAUUUUAGUCCUCAGGCAACGACAGAUGCUAGGCAAAACUAUUUUAAGGCUAAAUCUAGUCUUCAGCCUUCAGAUACUCCUGCAUCAAAAACUCUUUCAUGGCACAUAUCCUCAGAAACCAAGUCUACUUCCAAAGGGACAUCACAAACUUUAGCAAGCAAUGAAAUCUCAAAACCUUCUGGUGCAUCUUCUGAGGUUUUCCGAUUAGUGGAAAAUGGAAAUAAUGCAAGGAAAAAGUCUGCAGCGGCACCUUUUCCUGCUUCUAAUGCAUUGGUGCCAUCAUUGGGUAUCAUACAAAGGGAGUUAGAGGGUUCCAAACCUUUGACAACAUUCAGGUCAUUUGAUAACCCAAAUCGUCAGAUUAUACGAGCACCUGUCAGGAGCAAAAGUAUGCUGGCAGCUUUCUUUGUCAAACAAAAAGCAAUGAAGCUAAAGGCUGGAUAUGUUGCAUGAAUCUCCAUUAAAACAAGCUGAUGAAGACGAUGGUGGCGGCACACUGUAAAAUAUCUUCUUUAGGGGGAUGGAGUUGCCUGUAAUUACCCUCCCUGGUAAUUUGGCCCAAAUGAAAUUCCCCCCCCCCUUCCUUUUUCAUUUCUCUUAUAUGGGUUUUGAAUAAUGAGCAAUUUGUAUAAAAUUCCUGAUGAGUAACAAUACCCACUCAUCAAUAAUUGGUCCAAUAAUCCUAUAAUUGGAGCUUCUAUUUUCCA